ACUUGAGCGUGUUUUAUUUGUUUAUGUAUAUAGAUUUUAAUUAAAAGUGCGUUGUUUUUUCCUCCAAUUGUAUUAAAUACAUAGCGUUGGUGUUCAAAAUGCGCAAUUUUGGCAAGCAGCAGUCCCAAGACACCACUGACAGUGGUGUGGAGAAAGGCGACUAUCCGCGUACGACAAAUGGUGUAGUCUUUGGAGCAAUUGUGACUUUCGUGAGCUUUUUCGUGCUCAUGAUGUCUUUCUGUUCGCCCUAUUGGAUUGAAUCGUACGAGGAGACACGCAGCAGCUUUAAAAAUAUGGGCAUCUGGCAAUAUUGUUUUAAGAACUUUGUUUAUCCAAAAUAUCAAUUUCCCAAGCAAUUUACAGGCUGUCACAACAUAUUUUCGCAUGAAUAUUAUGUUAUACGUGAAUAUUUGCUACCUGGUUGGCUUAUGGCCGUACAGGCUUUUGUCACCAUGUCCUUCAUCAUUGUGUUUUUUGUGCUGGCCAUACUCUCGCUCACAAUUAUUCGCUUGCCCCUAAAGCCUGUGUUGCAGUACGAAUGGUUGCUGGUGCGCCUUUCCUAUUUGGGCACGGCCAUAUCAUCGCUCUUUAUGUUCCUCGCCAUUUGUAUAUUUGGUGGCUGUGCGUACCGUCGCGACUGGCUCAUGUAUCCAAAGUUCAAUGUGCUCAGCUGGUCGUAUGCACUGGCGGUGGUCUCGUUCAUGCUGCUUGGCUUGGCCGCUUUAAUACUGCACCGUGAGGCCCGUCAGGCGUAUGAUGCACGGGGCGAGCAAAAGAAUUUGGUGAUGCAGAUGGAAAUGCAGGAGCCAGGUUAUCAGCCACCUCGUCAUCAUCAAAGCCAAUCGCGUAGUCUGCAGGGCUACAUAUAAAAAGCUAAUGUAGCGUUUCCUGCAACUGCAGCAACGAAACUUCAUUGCAUUCCAUUUUAUUGUAAUAAUUUUUCUUAUUCGUAGCCUUAGAUUUGCGUCUCUCUAUACAUAUUUUUUUUGGUCUUCUAUCAAUCAACUUUUUCAUCUUCUACAUAUCUGUUUAUAGAAUCUCUGUAAUUAAUGCCGUCCCCCAAAAAAUCGUAUUACGUACUUUUGAUCAAAAGUGCCUUACAACUUUUCUAGUGCAAAUUUUUUAUACUUAUACAAACUUACAAAUAUUACUUGUAGUCUCCUAUAGCCCAUAGAUAUGUACGUAUAGAUAUCUGUGUGGCAUCAGAACGGCCGUCCAAAACCUUUUACAAUAUAUGAAUAACACACACACAAAAUGUAAUUUAAAGCAUUUAGUAAAAACAAAAAGGGCUCUCACACUUGAUCUGUUAAAGUCUUAUUAAGUACAUAGCCAAAUUAAAUUAGCCUUUGCAAAAAUCAUUCAAACAAGAGCUUACCUUUAGCAAUAUUAACUAAGACGAAAGUACGAUCUGUUAUGACUGCCCUAAAUAGUUAUACAUAUUAAUUGUAUAUUAAUAGUAUCUCUCGAUAUUGUUGCUCGAAUAACAAACGAACCAAAACGACGUACACAUUUUCAUGUAAUGCAUAUCAACACAAAAUUAUGAAUAAAAAUAUGUAUACAAUAAUAUUGA